CUUAUAAAUUGAUGUGGAGGUCGCUCGCUGCACGCCAACGGCCGCCUAGGGCUGGCCGCGUGAUACGCGUCUUUUCCAGUGCCCCUAUCUACGACCUCAUAUUCCGCGAUCUGAGUCCUCGCACCCUAGUGCGACUGUCGCGCACAUGUCACAUGAUACACGAAGCAGUAACUCAUUUUUUCCAGCGCGCAUACAACAUCGACCGACACCUGUCUCGUUAUUUCCCGGAUCCCCUCUCAUUUCGCUCUCUCCAAGCGCGAACUGGUCUCAUCAUUUCAGGAUCAAAUGCACUUCAAUUUUUGGACCGUACCUUCUACCCCGAGUCAGAUCUCGACAUCUACUCUCACCCUGGUCACGUUUACGAGGUGCUAGAGUGGAUCGAGAGCUUUGGGUAUCAGUUUGAACCACACAGGUAUCAAGUGGAGGACUGGCAUAACCAAGUUUCACCUGAUUGGGAUGGCACAAUGCCGAGAAUGCUCCAAGUCCUGGACCCACCGCAGGAAGAAGAAGAGGAUGUGCGCUUGGCGCGGUAUUCUAACAUCGCUGAAGUCUACACCUUCAAACGGUUUAUAGUUAUGUCAGAUGGAGAACAUGUAGAGCUUCAGGUCCAAGUUAUUCAGACAACCUACAACCCCAUCGAUACUAUCAUGAAAUAUCACUCAACUUGCGUUAUGAAUAUCAUUACUUUCGAUGCGGCAUAUUCAUUCUACCCAAUCGCAACAUUCGAGGACCGAAGCGCACUCAAAAUCCCCGGAUCGAGGCACCGCCCAGAUGUCCUCGCAAAGUAUAUCAAGAGAGGUUGGAGAGCCUAUUCAGUAUUCAUGCCGGGGGAUCUCGCGCAGCCUUAUGAAUCUCCAUUCCUCCCGAACGUGACACGAUGGGUCGGUGAUCGUCACUGUUGGACCGUUCCGCUGGAUACAUCGGGAGUCACGCCGCGUCUAGCGUUGUCCCCAUCCUCAGAACAAUUUUCAUGGGACCCCUCAACCCAGAACGGUUGGACAAUAUUGACCGAGCCAUCCAGCAUCGCCAGUCUCAGUGUACCAGAAAUCGAUGCCAAACUCAUCGCAACCACUGUCUUCCGUUAUAACUAUCUGGUUCCCAGUGAUUCGCUUUCUUUGGCAAUUCGUAGGUGGGCGCUCUCCCAAGGCAAACUUUACCACGGAACAGUAACGAGACAUGACUGGACUUGGUUUGACGCUGAAAUACCAAGGUUCCGUGAAUCGGCGUAGAGCGGGUGACAUAGAGUUCGAGGUCUGUUAGUUAGUUGUUUGGUAGACGAGCCAGGCUGGCACCGUCGUUUCAUUUGGUCUUUCAUUCUGUCGAGACUCGUCCCACACGCGUCGGACAUGGGUUAGCAAUACUUGCAAAUGUCACUCUUUGGCAUGCUCUGAAGAAAUGCCCUGAUGCACCGACGGA